AUGGGGAAUGCCGAAUCAGAUAGACGUACCGCCACGUUGGACAAAUAUAAAGAUAUAUUAACAAUUCCUGGAGGUAAGGAGGCAGAUAAAUGGUAUUAUUGGGAUUACAUUGAUUAUUUGAGAAAGAUAAUUAACGGAAAUAGUACUCCCUGGAAUGACUCCAUAUUUUUAGAAAUAUUAAGAGAUAAUGGAAGUGUUCCAGGUACAGAUGAAGGGAAAUUUUGUAGAUGGAAAGAAAUACAAAAAGAGAUUUUUGAUGCUGUUAUACAACAUCAUCAAUACGAGUAUUAUUAUCCCUGGGAAGAACAUGCAGAAAAUAUAUUAAAUGAAUCCUCUAAAACCAAAGAAUUUAAAGGAAUUUAUUGUAACAAAAUUGAUACCAUAGAACAAAAAACUAAAGGUUCAACAGAAAAACCAUGUUCGUUUAAUACUACAGAUCUUAGUUCAUGUUUACCUUCAAGACGAAAAGAUUUAUAUAUUGAAGGUAUAAAAUCAAAUAUUGAAAUAAUAGAACCAUUUAUCUAUAGAGAAGGAUUAAAUUCUUUGGUAGAAUCUCUUUUUUUGAAUACCUUACUGGGAUCUCUUUCAAUCAAAGCAAAUACUGAAAUUCAAAAAUUAAAACGUAGUGGAAAAAAAGAUACAGAUAUAUGUAAAAUAAUGCAAAGAAACAUUUCUGAUUAUAAAGAUUUGUUUCUUGGAAAAGAUAUUGUACCACACAGUUAUUCAAAAGAUAUACAAUGUAGAUUGAACAAAAUACGUAAUUAUAUAAAUGAAGGAAAAGAUGAUAUAGAGUAUAGUAAUUUAUUAGAUAAGAAAAUUAAAGAAAUUGUACAAAAAGAUUUAACUAAUUUGAUAGAUGAAAGUGGAAGCAAAUGCACAUUACAUAAUAUGUCGCAUACAGAACCUCAAUGUCUACGUUUUUUGGAAGAAUGGUUUGAGGAUAUUUUAAAACAAAAACAAAAUAUCCAAAAUCAUAUAAUACAUACAUGUGUUAAUAAAAAUACAAAACUCAUACAAUUGAAUAAUGGUAAAUAUACUGAAAUGAAAUGUGAAGUUUAUUGUAAUUUUUAUAAACAAUUUCUACAAAAUUAUAAAUCCUGUUAUGACAGAUAUCUUAAAAAAUGCAAAGAAAAUAUUGUUAAAUCAACAAAUAUCGAUGAACACAGUGCACAAGCCCAAAUAGAUGCCACAAUGAGACGAAUAAGAAACAAAAUAAAAUGUCCAAAACAUAUUUGUGGAGAUCAUAUAGUUGAUUUAUCACCAUACUUUGACCUAAAUGUUCGUUUUUUUCCUUUACAUAAAGGUUACAUUUGCGGGUGUGAACAAAACAGUUUUAAUCAAAAAAACAAUAGUAACUUGAAAAAUAUUUUGAAGAGGUACAGUGAGCAAAAUGGCCAUACCACCACUAUAUCCGAACUAGAAAACGUUUUGAACGAACUGAGUGUGUGCACGAUGAAUGAUGAUGAUUUAGAUGGAUCAGUUGGGGGUAAUGGAGAAAAAGUGGUUACAAAGAGUAGAGAUGUUAGUGAUGUGAAGGGUAUAUGUGAAAUUACAUAUUAUGAUUCGUUUAUUCGAAAAGGAAAUAUUGGUAAUCCGUGCGGAGGAAAUAAAAUAGAAGGAAAAGGAUGGAUAUGUGAUGGAACAACAAGAAGAAAUGAUGGGACGUUGUUAAGAGAAUGGAAGAAUAAUGCUUGUAUGCCUCCAAGAACACAAGUAUUAUGCUUAGGAUUUUUGUGUAAUAAAGCAAAUGAAAAAAAUUAUCAUGACGCUUCUUCCGCGAUUGAUAAUAGCCAAAAACUUUUGACUGAAAUGCUAGUUACGGCGAAAUAUGAAGGCGAAAAUAUAAAAAAAUUUUAUAAAGGAAACACAGAUACUGAAAAGAAGAAAUUAUGCAAUGCUUUGAAAUACAGUUUUGCCGAUCUUGGAGAUAUUGUUCGCGGACUAAGUAUAUGGGAAAAUGGUUAUACUAUAAUCAUGGAAAACAAUUUAAGAGCGAUAUUCCAAAAAAUAUAUGAAAAAUUACCAAAUGACAAAAAAAGUCUAUAUAAUGACAAAACGGAACCACGUCCAUCUCGUGAUCUCCCACAUUAUCAUUAUUUGCGAGAAGCAUGGUGGAACACUAAUAGAGAAUAUAUAUGGAAAGCUUUUCUUUGUGGUGCACAAAUAAAUGGUGCUGCUUGCGGCGAUGCCGUUUCCAAUAUCGAUUAUAUGCCUCAAUUUUUACGGUGGCUAACCGAAUGGAGUCAAGAUUUUUGUCAGGAGAAAAACACAUACGACAUAAAAUAUCCUAAUCCAAAAAAUCUAGGAGAUGAUAAAAAUAUCGAAUCUAUGUGCAAAGGAUGUAAUGCAGAAGGAGGUGGAGAUUGUUUAACCAGUUAUCCGAAUUAUGGAUUUUUUUCUUCAACUAAUACAUGUUCAUUAUGUAAAACAACAUGUCGAAAAUAUAAAGAAUGGAUAAGAAAUCAAAAAGGAGAAUAUGAUAAACAAAAGAAAAAAUACCAACAUGAAAUCGAAAAAUCGCAAAAAUCACAAAAUGGAGGUAAAGGUAAAACUGUACUUCGUGGACCACCUAUAUCAGAAAACACAAGAAAUGUAAAUGAAUUUUUUAAUAGAAUUGUUAACGAAUAUCCUGAUGUUAACAAAUUUUUGGAUGAAAGUUCGCAACAUACUGGUUGUAAUAAAAAUAUAGAUCCAGUAAUUUUUUUAAAUAAUAACGAUGAAAUUAAAAAUCAAAAUAAUCCUUUUAAUACAAAACAUAGAUAUUGUAAUAGUUGCGAGGAACAAGUACAUCUUCGAGAAUUAACACACGGAAAAAUACUUGAAGGAGGGAUGCCUGGAUCUCCGCCAAAUAGACAUCCGGCAUCAUCGGAUCCUCCACCAGGUGGUAGUGGUGGUGUAAAAGGUGGUAAAGAUGGAAGCAAAAGUGGCGCCACGCAGACAACUACUACAUCAACUACCACUACAAGUGAUACAAAAAAAGCUGGUACUGUACAUAACGAAUGUGAUCAUUUAUUAGAAAAAAUAUCCAAUUAUUGGGAUUGUUACCAAAAGGAUAAGGAAGGAAAAUAUAUGUGCAAACUACAAAGUAGUGCUAUAUCGGCUGUAAAAGAUGACGAUGAAGAAGAUGAAGAUGGCAUCUAUAAUGAUGAAUUUUAUACAUUAUUUAAUAAAUGGAUAAACUUAUUCUUAAAAGAAUAUGAACAUUUAAAAACAAAAAUAGUUGAAUGUAAAAAGAGGUCAGGUCAAAGUCAAAGUAAAAACCAGUGCCCUGAUAAUUACUGUCGAACGAAAUGUUAUUGUUAUAACAAAUGGAUAAAAAAAAGAAAAUCUGAAUGGGAAAUGCAAAAAAAAUAUUAUAAAGCGUAUGUUAAUCCAAAUAAUAAUAUUGGCGGUUCAAAUUUAAGUUUUUUAGGUAAUCUUGAUGUUUAUUUUAAGACACAAUUUAAAGAAAAGGUUUUUAAAACUUUGGGGUCAGAAACCAGCAGACAAGAACUACAACAAUAUGAAGGGGCAAACGAUCCUUUAAAACCAAUAUUAAUGAAAUCACAAGAAUUGAUUAAUGAAUGUAUGCGCAUAUGUCCCAAAAAACUUGAAUGUCACGAAAAAGGUUUUGGUAAAGAGUGGGAUUGCGACAAAACCGCGACAUCUCGUGGAACCGACGAGACGGAAAUAUGUUUGAAAAAAAAUGACAAAGACAAAUACAAAGAACAUAAUAUGAAUAAGGUGGAAGACGUUUAUAAAUUUUAUGAUUCCUUCGAGGAAUGGAUUGAUUAUAUGGAAAAAUCAAUAAAUGACAAAAUGAAAAUACUGAAACAAUCGUGUGAGAACCAGUUGGGUGGUAGGUCGUCACGUGGUACUGGUAGUACGUUGGAUUGUGGGACUUGUACUGACGACUGCAAAUGUUAUGAUGGGUGGAAAAAACGAAUUGAUGGGCAGUGGGAUAAACUCAAAGAAUACUACAACAAUUACAAAGAAAGAAAGGACAAUAAGAUGCAAGGUAUUGACCUGAAUAUUUUUUUGGAAGCAUUAUGUGAAACGAAAUAUGGUGAAAAUAGUGGUACUGGUGAAGAUAUAUGUGAAAAACUGAAAGGUGAAAAAUCAAAUUUUGUGGAAGGACUAUUAGAUAAAAACCAGGAUAAAACGAAAUCUGUGUGUGACGUUUGCGAUACAAAAAAUACAAAAGACUCGUUUGACGGUACUACAUGUAGUGGAAUUAGUGAUAUUACUGACCAGGAAUGUAAACCAAAAACAUUUGAUGAUCUGAAAAAAGGUGUAAGCAACUCGUAUGAACGAGAAAAAUCAUGGGGUUGUAGAAAUAAAAUUAAUAAUAAUCAAUCCUCAGAAAUUGUAAAAGAUGUAUGUGUCCCUCCAAGAACACAACCUUUAUGUAUAGCAAACAUGGUAACUUCAAGUGGAACAAUAAAAGGGGGAUGGUCGAACGAAAAUGAUUUGAAAACAAAAUUAAAAGCUGCAAUUAAAAAGGAAACAAAACGAUUACACGAAUAUUACACGACAAAGAAUGGCAGUGCUGGUAUAACACCUGCCGCGACAGGAGAUAUGCCUCCUGGAUUUUGUGAGGCGGCGUACCGCAGUUUUAAUGAUUUCAAACAUAUGGUUUUAGGAGAUAUGUUAUGGAAACCUGCUAGUAUUAACAAAUUGGACACAGAAAUAAAAAGAAUUAUAGCACCAAAUGGUGGUGAUGUCAGAAAACGCAACGAAUGGUGGAAAAAACAUGAGUCUGAAUUCUGGAAAGCAGUGAAAUGUGGUAUACAAGAGGCGACAAAAACACAAGGUUCUAAGUCGGCCACUGGUGCUGACUGCCCCCGAUUUAUUAGUGACGAUGACCAAUUUGAGUGGUGGGCAAAAGAGUGGUCCGAUGAUUUUUACGAAAAAAGAAAAGAAUUGGCAGACAAAGUGGAGGAGGAGUGUAAUGGUAAGAAUGGAUGCUAUAGUGGUGGUAAGGUGAAAACUGGUAGUGAUUGUGAGCAAAAAUGUACCCAAUACAAAAGUUUUCUAACACUUAAACGCAACGAAUGGACAAACAAUUUCAAAAAAUAUUUAGAACAACAAGAACAACAAAAGAAAGGACAAAAUAUAAAUAGUAUUGACGACGAAAAAAUGUAUAUGCCACAAAAUCACUAUUUACUGUAUCCUUGUACAUAUCAAAGUUGUGACGGAAAACAUAUAAAAGAUUUGUUAGGUAAAAACGAAUAUGGAGAAUUACAAAACAAAUGCACGUGUAAUACAUCGUCACAAAAAACUGAAAACACAGACAAACCAUGUACAAACGAAUAUGAAUUCCACGCAUGUACUGAAAAAAAAUAUGAUUUAGGUUUAUGGAGCAGCAUAUAUGUGAAAAAUCCUAAAGAUCGAGGUAAAGUUUUUGCCCCACCAAGACGUAACAGUAUAUGUAUCGGCUGGUUAUUCUCGCCAAUAAAUACCAGUGGUGGUCGUAGCCAGGUGGCUGCCAAAAAUGAGUUGAAACAAAAACUUAUCGACGCAGCGAGGGGGGAGUCCCACUAUUUAUAUAAAUACUAUAGCGAUAAACAAAAACAAAAAAGUGGUUCCCAAGCUGGUAGCACCCCCACAUCACCCCCACCUGGAUAUUGUGAUGCAUUGAAACGUUCGUUCGCAGAUAUUGGGAAUAUGGUUAAAGGCACAGAUUUGUGGUCUGGAGGGUACUCGCCUCUUGUGGAAAACAAUAUACGCGAUGUAUUUGCAAUGAAGGAUGGUAGUGGUACUACACCACCUAGUGAGGAACAAAUAAAAAAUGCACGCAAAACAUGGUGGGAACAAAAUAAAGAUACAAUCUGGAAAGAAAUUUCGAAAUGUAAUGGCACCUACUUAUGUGGAGAUACCGCCCAUGAUGAUGACAAGAAACCUCAGUUUUUACGUUGGUUAGAAGAAUGGGGAGAAUAUAUAUGCAAAGAGAGAGGAAAUCAAUUGAAUGAGUUAAAACGUUGGUGUAAUGAUGGAAAGGAUGUAGAAAAUGAUAAAAAUUGCGACAAAGGAAAUGAAGAUUGUAAAAAACAGUGUAAAAAAUACAAUAGUUGGAUAACUACUCAUAAAAACGAAUGGUUAGGUCAAAAAUCGAAAUACAAUGAAAUAUUGAAUGAUAAGUUCGGUGAAAAUUAUGAUGACUUUAAACAACAUAUGAAGGGUAAUGCAGAUGCAAAUACAUAUAUAACAUCCAAGAAUGAUAAAUGCAAAAGUGGCACCACAAAAGUAAACCUGGAUACCAUUUUCAACAAAACCGAUGACGAUUAUAAAAAAUACGAACCCUUCUGCACAACAUGUCGAAUCAACGAUAUAGCUGAAAGAGCAAAAGAAAAUACACGUGUUAAUCCGUGUGGAGAUAAAAGUGGCAAACACGUGCGUGUGAAAAAAGUAGCAAAAGGGAUUCAGAAAGCGGCAGAGGAAACAAUGAAACAAAAUAAUGUUCGUGGUGGUAGUAAUUUGAAAGGAAAACCAGAGAAAGGAACAUAUAAGCAUAAUAACGGCAAUAAUGCAAAUGAGUUGGAGAACGACAUAUGUAAAAUAACGAUCGUUCAUUCUAAUGAUAGUCGUACACGUGGUGAUUAUCAAGGACCAUGUAAAGGAAAAGGAAACAGUAAUACUCAAGACGAAAACACGAGAUUUGUUGUAGGAGUUCAAUGGAAACCAGAUGUAAAUGGUAUUCAUCAAAACCACCAAAAUGUUAUUAUGCCUCCUCGAAGACGACAUAUAUGUACUUCAAAUUUAGAGAAUUUGGACACAGAUAAAGUCAUUGGUAAUGGAAGUAAUGUUAAUGAUUCCUUUUUGGGGGAUGUGUUGCUUUCUGCGAAUAAAGAAGCAGAAAAAAUAAUACAAAUGUAUAAAGAAAAGAAUAACUUAAAAGACCUAAACGACGAAAAUCACAAGGAAACUGUAUGUCGAGCAAUGAAAUAUAGUUUUGCCGAUAUAGGCGAUAUUAUUAGAGGAAUAGAUCUCUGGAGCAGAAACGAGGAUAUGAAGAAGCUACAAACUAAAUUGAAAGUGAUAUUUAAAAAGAUUCAUGAACAAAAUGAUGGUGCUAACAAGUAUCCUGGUGAUAGCGACACAAGUGUUCCCCCAUAUAAAAAAUUGAGAGAAGACUGGUGGACUGCUAACCGCGACAAAGUAUGGGAAGCUAUGAUGUGUGCAAAAAUCAACGGCAGUACUACCCCAUGUGAUGAUAGUGGUACCACACCUGUGGAUGACUACAUCCCGCAACGGUUGAGAUGGAUGACUGAAUGGUCCGAAUGGUAUUGCAAGGCACAGAAAGACCACUAUGCGAAGUUGGUGGGGGCGUGUGAACAAUGUAAGGGUAACAAAUCACCUGGACAAGCAUGUGAUGCUGCAAAAUGUACAGAAUGUAAAAAAAAGUGCGAAGCAUAUAGUGAUUUCAUUGAAUUAUGGCAAAAAGAUUGGGAAAAACAAAAAACUCAAUACAAAACAUUAUACGAAAAAGCACAAAAUCUUAGUUCUAGUAGUGGUAAAAGUACUAGUAGUGAUCAAAAUCAAAAAUACCUUGAGGAGUUUUUAUAUAAAUUACAACAAGCAAAUAGUGGAAAUACCACGUAUUCUACUGCUGCAGGGUACGUACAUGAUAUGGGUAAUUUUGAUGAUUGUCAGGAACAAAACCAUCUCUGUGAUAAUGGCAACAAAAAUUAUGCUUUUAAGAAUCCACCAAAAGAUUAUGAGAAAGCCUGUGGUUGUAAGGAGGAUGCGGAGGCAAAACCUGUAGCUACCAAACCGGAAGUACCACGUCCACAAGCAGCAAAACCCGCAUCAACGAAGCCGGCACCACCUGGGAAACCGCAAGGUCCGCCUCCACAAGGUGGGAACACGUCACAUCAAACACCCUCAUCAGCCACACAAGGACAAGGAACUGUUAAGGAUGCUACUACUCCUACUACAAUCAGUACUACUAAAACUACAGACGAUGGAUCAACAGUGACAACUUCAGUUUCAUUUGAGCCUGCCCCAUCUACGGUUACCCCUUCCCCUGGUCCCCAGACACCUAGUUCCGCACCUGUUGACCCGUCUAGUACCCAGUCUACUUCCACUGGUACAGCGGCUACCACGCCUGUCGACCAGUCGUCGUCGAGUGUUGAUGGUGGUGGUGGAGGUGGUGGAGGUGGUGGUCCUCAUAGUCCUACUAGUCCUCCCCCUCCGGCUUCUACUAUUAGUAGUCCAAACAGUGCUGGUAGUAGUAGUUCGUCAUCGAGUAGUGGUAGUGGUACUUCCGGACAGUCACCCGCACAACCACAGCAUAUUGGUACGUCACAAAAUAAUAGGUCACAGAGUAGUAGGUCCCAUGGACCUUCUAUACCUAAUGAAAUACGUAAUGUUAAUCCUAAAUCUCGAACUCCUGUUGAUAGUAGCGGAAAAAAAAUUGUUUAUCCCACAAACAAAAUUGGGAAUAAUACUAUUGUUAGUAGUAUUAAUAUAGUGAAAAAAUCUACUUAUCCUAUGAAUUGUGUUGAAGAAGUUGCUGAUAAGUUACGGAUGGAUUCACAAAAAAAUAAAGAAUCUGUGAAAAGUAAAUUAGAAGGAAAAGUUCCACAAGAUGUAUAUAACAAGAACGGAACGGGAAAUAGUGUUGCACAACAAACGUCUUGUAAAAUAAAUAAAAGUAUAAAUGAAUUCAAUAGUUUUAAAAAAUCUCCGUGUGAAGAUAAAGGAAAUCCUUUUGAUGAAGAAAAGGGGAAAUGGGACUGCAAUAACAGAUAUAUGAAAAAAUAUAAUGUAUGUUUACCUCCUAGAAGAAAACAUAUGUGUACAAGAAAUUUAGAAACGCUUCUUUCUAAGGAUGUUAAUGACACGGAUGCAUUACUAAAAGAAGUUUUAAUUACAGCAGCAUAUGAAGGAGAACAUUUAAAAGAACAAUGGGAAAAAUAUAAAAACCCAGCAAAGAAAAAGACAGAAAUAUGUGAUGCUAUGAAGUACAGUUUUGCAGAUUUGGCAGAUAUAGUUAGAGGUAUAGAUUUAUGGGAAAAUGAUAAAAAACAACAAUCAUUACAAACUAGAUUAAAAAGAAUUUUCAUAAAGAUAUAUGACACCUUAUCAAAAGAACAACAAUUGAAAUAUAAUGAUGGAUAUAAAAAUUAUAAAAUACGAUCGACGUGGUGGGCAAUACAUCGUGACAAUGUUUGGAAAGCUAUUACCUGUGAAGCACCAGAAGAUGCUUCUCUUUUUAAAAGAGGAAAUAGUGAAAAUAAUCAGUUAAAUUUCUACCGGGGUAAAUGCGGACACGACAAUGAACCCCCCAUUGAUGAUUAUAUACCUCAAAGGUUGAGAUGGAUGACUGAAUGGAGCGAAUAUUUCUGUAAAACAAAAAAAGAAAACGUGCACAAAUUAAAUGAUAAAUGCCAGAAAUGUAUCAUUAGUGGUUCAUCAUGUGAAAAUGAUGAUGACGGAACCAAAUGUGAACAGUGCAAAAAUACAUGCAAAUCCUUUAGUAAUUUUGUUAAAGAAUUGCAACAAGAAUUAUAUAACCAAUCGACUAAAUACAAAGAAUUGUAUGACAAAGCAAAUAAUACUACUAGUACUUCGAGUAGUGGUCAUCCAUCAUCUGGAAGUAGACGCAAACCUAGAACUAAUCAAGAUGAUGAUAAUAGAAGUAUAGAAUUUUUAAAACAAGUGGAAAAACAUUGUAAACAUCUAGAAACUGCCGAAAAAUAUCUUGACACAACAACUAAUUGUACUAAAAUUAAAUUUAAUCCCAAUAGUGGUGUCACUAGUGAUGAUAGGACGUACGCUUUUGAAAAUCCGCCAAACGACUACAAAGAUUCUUGUGAUUGCAAGAUUCCUGAUCCUUUAAAUAAUUGUCCUAAAGAUAAUAGUACAUAUGAUAAAGUUUGUGGCACUUUCUCUCCUAUAAAUUUUUGUACAGAAAAGAAGUUUAAUAAUGAGCUGAAUAACUGGACUUCUCAGGAUGUCAAAGAGUCAACAGGUAACAACAAAGGUGUCGUUGUACCUCCUAGGAGAUCAAACUUAUGUCUUAGAUAUAUAACCACAAGGUUACGUUCUAUAGAAAAUAAAGAUGAUUUCAAAAAGAUACUUCUUCAAUAUGUCUACACUGAAGGAAAAUUGUUAGGUGAAAAGUAUAAAAACAAAACUACUGAAGCAUUACAAGCAAUGAAGUAUAGUUUUGCUGAUUAUGGAGAUAUAAUUAAAGGUACAGAUAUGAUGGACAGUACAACAAAUACAGAUAUAAAAACAAAAUUACAAAAUCUACUUCAAAGUACACAAAAUACUGCACAACCCAAUACGAGGGCUCUACAACCGCAAAACGUUAAUGAUUGGUGGGAACAUAAUAAAAAUCAUGUAUGGCAUGCGAUGUUAUGCGGAUAUAAAUCACAAAACAACAAAAAAGAACAAUUAGAUCCAUCAUGGUGUUCUUUACCUUCUGAAGAUGAUACUCCUCAGUUUUUACGAUGGUUGGUUGAAUGGGCAAAACAAGCAUGUAAAGAAAAAAUACAACGAUCCAAAGAAGUAACGACAAAAUGUAAGUAUAAGAUUAACCAGCAUCAGACGUCUAGUAUAGAAAAAAUUAAAGACGCUAACUGUAAAUCACUAUUAACAUAUUAUAUGAACUGGUAUUAUAAGCGAAAUCUUGAAUGGAGGAGCUUAUCUAAAAAAUAUAAUAAUAUUAAGAACGACAAAAAAUCUGGUAUUAAUACACCAACUGAAGAAACUCAUGAGGAAUAUAUAAGAAAUAAAUGUGUUCAUUGUGAGUGUAAUUUAAAGGAUUUGAAUGAAAUAAGCAAAAUUUCUGAUAAUCAAGAAUUAUUGAAAGAAUUGAUUAGUAUAGCUGACUAUGAUAGUAUUGACCCAAAUUCAUUUAUAAAACAAAUAUCAAAAAUAUCAAAAGUUAAUCACACAACAGUUCGAAAAACUAAAGAUUUCUUAACGGAGGCGUUUCAAAAUGGAUUAACCUAUUCUAUUUUUGGCGCGCAAAUUGGCAUACCAACUGGAAUAGGAGUUACAAAGAAUGUUUUAAAUAAACUUAAGGAUAUCCUUAGUCCAAAUAAAAGUAGUAAGCCCAAUCAAGAACCCGUAGCACCUGCUACACCAGGAACAACUACAAUACCACAACAGGACGAACCAUCGGUCCCUAUUAAUGACAUAUUAUCAUCUACUCUCCCAGUUGGAAUAAGUUUUGCACUAGGUUCGAUCGCUUUAUUGUUUUACAUGAAGAAAAAACCUAUACUUCGACCUACGAAACUUUUUCGAGUUAUUGAUAUUCCCCAAAACGAUUAUAGUAUACCUACAAAUGAGUCGUCCAAUAGAUAUGUACCAUAUGGUAAAUAUAAAGGAAAAACAUAUAUAUAUGUCGAAGGAGAAGAAACGGACGACUAUAUUCGCGACAUAUCUUCCUCUGAUAUUACUUCUUCGUCAGAAAGUGAAGUGGAAGAGAUGGAUAUUAAUGAUAUAUAUCCCUAUAAAUCGCCAAAAUAUAAAACUUUGAUCGAAGUGGUACUAAAACGAAGUAACAAAACAACAAAUGAUGAUACAUAUAAAGAUAAUAUAGUGGAUACUAGCUAUAUACCAAGUGUUAAAUAUAGUGACAAACAUAGUGAUAUACCAAGUGAUAAACCAAGUGAUAUACCAAGUUAUAAACCAAGUGAUAUACCAAGUUAUAAACCAAGUGAUAUACCAAGUUAUAAACCAAGUGAUAUACCUAGUGAUAUACGAAGUGGUAAUACAAAAAGCGUAACAACAAGUGACAUACCCACCAAUAAACUUAAAGAUGAAGAAUGGAAUCAAUUGAAACACGAUUUUAUAUCGCAAUAUUUAAAACAUAUAGGACCUGAAAUCCCCUUAAAUAAUGAGUUACCAGAUGAUAAAUUGUAUAAGGAUACCCAACCUAAUAUUACGCACGAUAGUAUGGAAGAAAAACCUUUUAUUACAUCUAUUCAAGAUAGAGUUUUACAUGGUGAUAGAGAGUUUACUUAUAAUAUAAAUUGGAAUAUACCAAAACAAAACCAAAUAGCUGAUAAUACUACGGAUAAUGUAUAUAUCAAAAAAUAUGAAUCACAAAAUGAUAUAUAUUCUGGAAUAGAUUUAAUUAAUGAUUCAUUAUAUGGUAACCAUAAUGUUGAUAUUUAUGAUGAGUUGCUCAAACGAAAAGAAAAUGAAUUAUUUGGAACAAAAUAUCCAAAAAAACGAUACACGUUUUAA